AUGACUACACGCUGGGAACCUGCUGUUUAUUUGCUUGCAACAGGAAGUAUUGUACCAAAUUUACACUAUGGUCCUUUUUUAUGUGAUUGGUGGUAUGUUAAGUUUAAUAAAGAAAAUGAAGUUACUAAGCAAACCUUUUACCCAUUUCGAGUUGGUUAUAAAUGUAAAACAGAAAUAAAAGGACUUCAAAUCACAACACGAAUAGUUCAAGGAAAUAUGCUCAAUUCACAAGUACCAGGAUUUUGUUGUGAAGGAAAUAGAAUAUCUGGCAAUUUGUCAGACAAUCCAACUCAGGUGAUAAAUUCAUUUUAUGACAAACUUUUUGCUGAAGAUAAAAAAAAUACUCGAUAUUCAGGACUACAAAUUAUGGGCUUUGACAAUCAAACAAUUCUUAGCGAAUUAAUAUCUGAUAUUACUUUUCAACUAUUUAAUAUUUCUAUUAAUAAGCUUAGCAUUAUAAUUCAUUCAAUAGGUGUAUCUUUAAAUAAAGAUUGGGGUUAUGCGGGUGAAGGAUAUUCAAUUUCUAUGUUAUAUAAUUAUAAAAAAGAAAAGGCAUUAUUUUAUUAUAGAUUUAAAGAACGUUGUGCUUUUAUCGAAAUUUAUAAAACAUAUCAACUUGAUGUUAGCUAUUAUGGAACAGAUUCUGAUGAUGUGUGGUCUCAAACAGGAUUAUUAAAAGCAAUUAGCAAAAAUGAUAACAUUAUUGAAUUACAUCAAAGUUUAGGUGAAAUUUAUCCAAAAAAUUACGAAAUAUCUGAUCGAGAAUUAAGAGUGUGGUAUGCAAUAUUAAAUGCAACUGAAUGUACAAAUAUUACUCCAUUUAACUGUCAAGAAUCAAAGCGAUCUCUAGAUAAUAAUAAAAGAGGUCCAAAUGGAAAGCAAAGAAUAUUAUCGAUUAUAGCAGACAGUUUUCCAUACCAAAUAUUAAGACAAAAACUUCAAAUCUCACCUAAUACUAUUAAUACUGCCAAAAUGUAUGCAAAAAUUAAUGGCUAUGGAUGUUCUGCAGCUCCAAAACCACCUAUGCGAUUAAAAAAUGGUCUAUUUAUUUAUAAAGAUGAUUUAGGCAAGCUUUGCUCAAUUUGUAGUCAGUAUGGAUAUGAUGUAUUUUUUGAUUUAAUGAACCUAGUUCGUAAAGAAUUUGAUAACAUAGAACAACAGGGGCCACAUGCAGAAUUUAUAUACUCAUGUCCAUUGCCUGGUUUUGGAAAACCUAAUUAUAUUUCACCUACUCAAAUUUACAAACUACUCAAAUCAGAUAUUGAACAACUACAACCUGAAUAUUUAGAUCAUACUGUACCUCAAGAAACCUGGAUGAUGCCUAUAUGCCGUUUGUCUACAUCGAAUUCUGAUUCAUGGGACCUUAGACAGUGGACUACAGCUAAGUUACAUGAAGAAUUGGAAAACCUUAAUAUUCCUGUUAAUAAAAGCAUGCUUCGAAGUGAAUUAGUAAAAAUUUUGAAAACAAAUUUAUGUCUAGAAACUUUAGACAAUUUAGAAAAUAAUAUUAGCAACAUAGAAAAUACAACUGAAAGUACUGAUUUGAUGGAUGUUGAUAAAUCACCAGAUAUUACCUUAUUUUCAUUACCUCUUGGUUGGGCAUUAAAACAUAAUCAAAAAUACGGAAAAAAAGAAGGAAAACGAUUAUCCAAAAAAUGUCAAGCAAAUUCAAGUGAUCGUUAUACUGCUAGUGAUAUGCAUAAUGGCUUAUUAGAACUUGUAGAGAGCGGAGAAAUUAAUGAAGAAGACAUUCCUACACAAAGUACUAUAGAAAAUUGGAUUAAUCAUUAUUCACAAGAAUCAAAAAAAGAAGCAGCAGAACAAGUGUUACUUACACAAGUAGCAA